AUGUGCACGAGGUAUUCAAGUAUGUUGUGCUGUCAUACUGCGCAUGCGCGACCCACCGGCCGACAAAGUGAUCUCAUUGCGGGCAAUGAGUUCCUCAAGCUGUUUCUCGAUCAUGACGAGCAGCAGCGCAGCCUGCACAGCAGCGAGUUUGAGGGUCGCGCCGAGUCGACGCGCGUGGCGGGGGCUCGGAGUCUGGAGCACAAGACGCGCUAUCGCAAUGCCAAUGGGCAGCAUGAGGCGGACGAUGAGGGCAAGCAGGUGGUGAAGCUGGUGACGACGGGCAGCAAAAUCGUCUUCCUGGAGGAUGCGCCGCAGGCGGGUCCGGCAAAAUCAAAGACGAAAGUGCGGCCCAGCGAUGAGGUCAAAGUGUUGGCCGUUAGUGUUAGCUCAUCGAGCAAGAGAGGUGGAAGGGUGCACAGACCCGUUACGUCCGCACCCAAAAUCACAACAACAACAACGACAAAAGCAGCAGCGACUGCAACAACAAAAAGAGGGCGCGACGAUUUCGUCAACAGAUCGCAUAAGAGCGAGUUGUCCAUUGAGGAGGCAGAGCCUUUGACCAUGCAUAAGGGCAAGCAAUUGGAUGUAAUGGAUGUGGAGAGCGAUUCACUCAAUAGUGCCUCGGAUAUACAGAGCGUUCUGGCAUCGCCGCUCGUUGCAGCUGCCUCCAAACGAUCCACACUAGUCGCCGCAUAUCAUGGACGAACUGGAAAUGCCACAGUCUCGUCGUUGCCGUUCCAGACGGUGAUCUAUCACGACACCAAGCAGGGUCACGGCCCCCAGUCAAGAUCAAUAUCGUACAGCUCCAUAUCGCAAAACGUGGACGAUUUGCCAGCCUGGCCGCGCUCUGGCGGCAUUCUGGCCGAGGCACAGCGCAAUGUGAGCGAGAGCCUGAAGCUAGCCCAUACCUCAGAGCCAGCUCGUUUCUAUUCUGUGCCCUCCAAAAUGUAUAGUGUGCCCUCGAAGUUCUAUUCCGAGCCGGCCAAAGUGUACUCUGAGCCCGCUAAGGUGUAUGGCCAGCCGGAGAAAGUCUACUCGGAGCCCUCUAAGGUUUACGGACAGCCAAGUAAAUUUUAUAGCGAGCCGGCGAAAGUUUAUUCACAGCCAUCAAAAGUCUAUGGCGAGCCUGCGAAGACCUAUUGGCCACAAACUGUAACAACUAGCGCAGCAGUAACGACAACAACUACUAUACGGCCGCCCACAACAGCAACAGCCAGCGUGAUGAAAACAACAACAACAAAAGCAGCAAAAUCAGCAAUUUUGGAGUCGGUAACUGUGCCAGCGUCUGGCACCUUUUUGAACUCACGUAGACCGGCAAUUGUCUCGCGCAUCGCAUUUGGCGAAGCGGCCAGCACAAAUUCAAAAGCGGCGAAAACAACUACAACAACAACAACAACGACAACAACUACCAGGGCACCCACAACUAGAAGCAGCCAUGCUGCCACCGUUAGACCCACUACCUGGCAUCACCACCAUUAUCACAACCAUAAUCAGCCGCAGCCAACAAAUGCCCAGUCUCAGUCUCCGUCUUCGUCUCCGUCUCAGUCGCGUCGUGUACUCUUCAAUUUGGAUAAAUUGCCGUAUGAUUUAUUGAAUGCUCCGCAACAGUCCAUGCGGCAUCUAUUGGAGCCAAUUUUGUCCAAGAGUUCAAGUCCCGGCGAUGCACAACACUACACGCAGCAGCAACAUAAUCAACAUCAAGCAGCUAAUCAUCAGCAAGAGUCGCGUCCAUGUUGGGAGCAACGUCAGCAUUCAUCACUGUCGCUACAACAUUCUAAUCAAAAUGCCAAAGGAUUGCCCAACAGAGAUCUAGUCAAGUGUGUUUCCAAAUUUGCACACCAACAUGCACCGUCAGCGGCUGGCAUCAGCGCCUAUUCAUACAGUUCUAGCUCCACCUCUAGCAGCUCCUCCACCUCAUCUUCAUCUUCCUCAGCAGCAGUUUUGGCUGCCCAUCCCCCCAUGCCACAACACUUUACAACGGAACGCGCCGAGAUCUACACGCCGACCCCAGAGCAAAAUUACGAAAUUGAAGAGUCCGUAAGUGUUAUGACAAACGGACGCGCUCAUGGUGUGCAGGGUGGUGCGGGCGGUGGUGGAGGUGGCGCUGGUCUUGCUGCAGCAUUGGCCACAACACCAGCCACUCCAGCAACAAUAACAACAACAACAGUGACAGCAGCAACAACGCCACGCAGUCGGAACCGUGGCAUAGACAGGGGUCGCGGCUCGGUGGUUUACAACGCCAACACAAAUGCCAACGAUUAUGAUGAAGGAGGCGACAGCGGAGGUGGGGAAGGUGACGAUGAGAGCGGAGGAGGAGGUGGAGGCGAAGAAUCGGAUGAUGACAAAGUUGCCUAUGUGGUGGAGGGACGCAACUAUCGCAAGUAUCGCGUCGAGGAGAAGACCGACGAUGGCUUCAUCGUCGGCGAAUAUGGCGUUGUGGACCACAACGAUGGAAACUUGCGAGGCGUGCGUUAUACAGCCGAUUCGACCAUUAAUCGCAGUCUGAUACAAAAGGCGUUGUUGACAUUUCUAAAGUUGAAGUAG